AUGUUCUUUAAAUGGACCGUUCUGUGUAUUUCACCUUACGAUUUAUUCAAUUUCAGUAUGGGUCGUGAAGAUACACGGAUCUAUGUGGGAAACUUGCCAUCAGAUGUCCGCGAGAAGGACAUUGAGGACAUUUUCGCCAAGUACGGAAAAAUUCGUUUCGUCGACAUCAAAGGCGGGCGUGGACCACUUUACGCCUUUGUUGAGUUCGAAGAUUAUCGAGAUGCCGAAGAUGCCGUGCGAGGAAGAGACGGAUACGAUUUUGAUGGGUGCCGCAUUCGCGUGGAGUUCACACGUGGAGUUGGUCCACGUGGACCAGGAGGUCGUCCGAUGAAUCCGGCAUACGCAAGGGAGUGGCCCGCUCCUCGUCGAGGUGGUCCACCAUCGCGCCGCUCAAACUUUCGUGUUAUUGUAGAAGGGCUCCCACCGACGGGGUCCUGGCAGGAUCUGAAGGACCAUUUGCGCGAAGCAGGUGAUGUGUGUUAUGCCGAUGUUGCUCGUGAUGGUACUGGGGUUGCGGAGUUUACGCGUUACGAUGAUAUGAAGUAUGCUGUGCGCAAGUUGGACGAUACAAAGUUCCGUUCUCAUGAGGGUGAAACCGCCUACAUCCGUGUUCGCGAAGACACUAGUGGUGGUGGUCGUAGUCGUUCAAGAAGUCGUUCUCGCAGUCCUCGUCGCUCAUCGCCACGGUACAGCCCACGUCGCUCGCGCUCUCACAGUCGCUCGCCAUCACGCUCACCAUCUCGCUCGCGUAGCCGCUCUCGCGAGUAA